CAACCUCACAACUCCUUUGUUGUAUUGUAUAGGGAAUGCAAUUGCAAUUGCAAUUCCAAUUCCAAUUCCAAUUUCAAGCAUCCCGAUUCUCUCUCCACUCGCCCUUUGCCCUUCUCCAAAUCCCAAUCCUCCUCCAUAAAUCCUCACUGUGAAGGGGAAGAACAAUCCGGCAACACGCCGGAAUCGGACGCUUCAGUCACCGGAGAAUACCGAAUACUCCCUCCGUGAUGGCCAAGAAGCGGAAAUCUAUCGCCACCAGCCUCGACGAGGUAGAUCGGACCAUGUACGCCUCUUUUUCCACUGCGGCUAACUCCCUCUCCCAGCUUUACACCCAGUCUAUGAACCACCAGAAGUUUUCUUUCCAAGCCGGAGAACGUCACGCCAUGGAAAAACUCUAUCAAUGGAUGUUUAGACAACAAGAAGGCGGAUCUAGAGUGACAACAGCUGAUGUACUCAAUUACAUACGGAACGAGUUGGAUUACUGUGGAGAGGAACCAUCAAUGUCCCCUAGAGCAGCAGUCCACCAACAUCAGCAUGCUCAACAAACCAUGCAAUUCACAAACUCGAGCUUUCCAGCUUCGGGUCUUUCUGGGCCAGCAACUACCGGACAAGGAAGUCGAACCGAGCAUUCUGAUAACAAAAGCUCAGUCUUCUCAAAUGCUCUGUCAAGCCCAGUUCGCAGGGGUUUGCAGCAAUAUCACAUAGCUCAGGAAGCUCACUACCCAAACAAUGGAGGGAUGUCUGGGGGAAAUGGAGCCACUCGAAACAAUGAACCCAACUUUCUUCAGCACCAAAGUGCGGAUCCUAAUUCAGUCAGCUCUAACGACUCGUCGAUGGACAUGCAUGCUGAUAGUCCUUCACAUGAUUCACAUUACUAAUUCGGAGAUCGCUAAGUUUUAUGACCCAGGUGAAUGUGCACAAGUUCCUGGCUACCAAUGGCCUUUUCUUUGUUGGAAAUUUCUUUAGGUCUUUCUAUCUGUAAAGGGUUUCUUUAUAACAGGACCUGAAAAAACUGGAAGUUGCCAAUACCUUUGUUUUGUCAUUUAUUAUGCUGUUCUAAACAGUGGUUUGUUUCCUUUUUUUUCUUUUUUCUUAGAACUCAAUACUCUCUGUAGAUUGGCAAGUGUGUGGAUCUUCUGAAUGAGAAAUUUAUAGAAUAUGGUUCAGGUUUCAUUUAUUUUCA